AUGAGUCCCAAAUAUAAGGCGCUCGAACUUUGCGUGAGAAUAGCAGCGAACUUCCUGUUUGAUCCGAUGUCUCGAAGACGAGCUUCCGAUUUCGCACACAACUUUUUUCGAUCUAUAAUCCAUCGUUUUCAAAAACAUGAAACCAAGCGCUCUUUAUCUACGGGAGAUCUCGCUGAUAACUACAUGUUAAUGGAUUUCUCAGAGCCGACUACGAGUAUGCUACCUAGUCAUUUUGAUGAUAGCGAUCGCGUACCCAUGGUAUUUUCGGAGUCUUUACACCCACGCCUUAUGUCGCAGCAUGACUAUUCUGCCCAGAAACUAGUACGACGAGGAAUCUCCACAGCCGACUACAACCGAUCCCAAGUGUGGUUCUAUCAAGGCAUGAAUUCUAAAAAAGCGGAAAGAUUGUUGCAAAGUUUUGGAUUUGAAGAGGGGUUAGUUGAACAGUGUUAAAU